AUGGAAGAACUCCCCAUCGAGCCCCGCGGCCUCUUCUGGCAAGACGACUUCAUCACGCCGGAGCACGAGGCGCGGCUCAUCGACAUCUUCCGGCACGAGCUCGAAUGGCCGACGGACCGCGGCGCGGGGCGGCUGUCGCUGCACUACGGGUACACGUUCGACUACAAGACGUUCGGCGUGGACCCGGCGGUGCCGUUCCGCGCGUUCCCGGAGUGGCUGCGGCCGCUGAUCCCGACGCGCGAGGGGCGCGACCCGGACCAGGUGUGUCUGCAGCACUACCCGCCGGGCGCGGGGAUCCCGCCGCACGUGGACACGCAUAGCGCGUACGACCAGCUGUAUGCGCUGAGCUUGGGGAGCGGGGUUGUGAUGCAGUUCUCGAGGGUGAGGGCGAAGAAGAAGACGGCGGAGGGAGGUGAGGGUGAGGAUGGGGGAGAGGGAGAGGAGAAGGAGACUGUGGAGGUUGAUUUGACGCCGCGGAGCAUGUUGCAGAUGUCGGGGGACUCGAGGCUGCACUGGACGCAUGGGAUCCGGAAGAGGAAGACGGACACGUUGAAGGAUGGCACGGUGAGGAGGCGGGCGGACCGGUGGAGUAUCACGUACCGCUGGGUGAGGGAGCCGGCUGUGUGCGAGUGCGGGGAUGUGAGGUUGUGCGAUACGGCGCAGAGGAGGGCGGGGAUUGAGAGGGAGUAUCGGUGGAAGAAGGGGGAUGCAGACGGGGAGAAGAAGGGCGAGGAUGGGGUGAAGGAUGGGUGA